AGCGGGUCGUUUCCAGACGACGGAACACAGUAAUUCCUAAAUUCGUCACCAGGUGUAAUCUCGUCGAACGGAAGGAUAGAGAGAGAGAGAGAGAGAGAAAAAAAAUAAAUAAAUAAUAAAACAAAAAAGAAAAAAAGCGAAAGUUGUUUAAGAAAAGGUUGGUCUCCCGUCGCAGCUUAUUGUCUUCCUUAACGUCUGUAUACUUUUCGGCACCGAAUUACAAGCGAAAUCAAUGAGAAAUGAUACAAACCAACUUGUUCUUAGUCGUGCUUUUAUGUUUUACGUUUAAAAUUAGGAGCGAAAAAUUGAGUGAAUACAUCAGUUAUUAUGAGCCAUUGACAUAUAAUAAUGAACUACUGCAUCAAAGUCAUCUGCGUGCCAAAAGAUCAACACACAAUUCUAUAGUUAAUCUCAAUUUUAAAGCUCAUGGGAGGCAUUUCAAUCUAAGAUUGAAGAGAGAUACCUCUGCCUUUGCAUCAGAUCUCAGUGUAGAAACUUCAUCUGGUGUUUCUGAUAUUGAUAUGUCUCAUUUAUAUAGUGGACAUUUGUCAGAUGAACCCGAGUCCUCAAUUUAUGGUUCUAUAAGAAAUGGUGUAUUUGAAGGAAAAAUUCAUACUCCAGAUAAAGUUUUCUAUGUAGAACGAGCACAUAAAUAUUUUGUAAAACAUCCUCAACCAUUUCAUUCUGUCAUUUAUUCAUCAGAUGAUGUCAAAGAUCCACAUGCACAUAAAAGGGAGAAUCAUUUAGGUGGAUGUGGUAUAACAGAAGAAGUCUUACAAUGGAUGCAAGAAGUUAGCAAUUCUGCUGAUACUAAGGAGUUUACAAAUAAAGAAAAGCAAACUAAAACAGUUAUGCGUGAUCGAAAAGAGCGAUCAACAGGUGCAGAAAAUACACCUCAUUAUAUAUACACAAGAGAAGCUCAAAAUUUUUUAUCUCAAAAAGAACCUUUAAUUGAUAAAAGGACAUGUACAUUAUACAUACAAACAGAUACUUUCCUCUGGAAACAUAUUAGAUCUUACGAACCAUCUGAGAGCAGUGCAAGAGAAGAAAUUUCAUCAUUGAUUUCCCAGCAUGUAAAAGCAGUUAAUUACAUUUAUGAAAAUACUGAUUUCGACGGUUACCGUGGCAUCAAAUUUGUUGUACAAAGAAUAAAGAUCAAUGAUACUUCAUCGUGUCCAAAUAUAGGAGCUGAAUAUAAACGAUCAAAUCCAUUUUGUUCUCCAAAUAUUGAUGUGUCAAACUUUUUAAAUUUAAAUUCUCAAUUUAAUCACGAUGAUUUCUGUCUGGCAUAUAUUUUUACAUAUAGAGAUUUUUCAGGAGGUACAUUGGGUCUUGCUUGGGUAGCAUCUGCAUCAGGCGCAUCAGGAGGAAUUUGUGAAAAAUACAAGCCUUACAAUGAAAAUGUUAAUGGCAGACAAGUGCAAACUAAAAGAAGUUUGAAUACUGGAGUAAUUACAUUUGUAAAUUAUAAUAGUCGUGUGGCUCCCAAAGUUUCUGAAUUAACUCUAGCUCAUGAAAUUGGACAUAAUUUUGGAUCACCACAUGAUUAUCCUCUUGAAUGUCGACCAGGUGGUAGUGAAGGAAACUUCAUUAUGUAUGCCAGUGCUACGUCAGGAGACAGAUUAAACAAUAAUAAAUUUUCCCCUUGCAGUAUUAGAAAUAUUAGUACGGUGCUUCGUGCAGUUUUCAAUGGCGAAGGCAAAGAAAAUUGCUUUCAAAAGGGAGAUGGUGCUUUUUGUGGUAACAAAAUUGUGGAAGCUCCCGAAGAAACAUGUGAUUGCGGAUAUGACGGAAAGGAGUGCAGUGAUAAAUGUUGUUAUCCUCGUGAUGUUAAACCUUAUAAAUUGGCAAAUCCAAAUGCUGAAAGAUGUACCUUAAGGCCUGGUGCUCACUGCAGUCCUAGUCAAGGCCCCUGUUGUUUGCCAUCUUGUAAUUUUGUUAAAUUUGGAGAUAUGUGUAGAGCUGAAGCGGAAUGUACUCUCAGUUCCUUCUGCAAUGGAAGAAGUGCAAUCUGCCCAAUGUCUGAACCAAAACCAAAUAAAACCGAAUGUAAUAAAGGAACCCAAGUGUGUUGGAAUGGUGAAUGUACAGGAUCAAUUUGUCAGAAAUAUGACAUGGAAGAAUGUUUUCUCACAAGUGCAAAUGGUGCAAAGCCAGAAGAAAUGUGUGAAGUGGCUUGUCAAAGUAAAGGUCAACCAUCUACAUGCAGAAGUACCAAUAAGAUUCCUUCUAUGAAAAAUAUUAGUGGACUGAAGCUUCAGCCAGGGUCACCCUGCAAUGAUUAUCAAGGAUAUUGCGAUGUAUUUCAAAAAUGCAGAGCUGUAGAUGCAGAAGGCCCGUUGGCGCGGCUGAAAAACUUGCUUUUAAAUCAGCAAACAUUAAAGAAUAUAAAAGAGUGGAUAACGACGUAUUGGUGGGCUGUAAUGCUGAUGUUGGUCGGAUUAGCCAUUUUCAUGGGAUUUUUCAUCAAAUGUUGUGCUGUACAUACACCAAGUAGCAAUCCUAGGAAAGCUCCAGCUCUUCGUAUUACCGAUACAUUAAGACAUCCUGCUGACACACUUCGCAGAAAGCGACAUCGUCCACCACCUCAACCAGGAAUUCCGAGUGGACCUCCACCACCCUAUCCGGGACCUCAACCUUCGGCACCUCCUGCAAGUAGCAUACCCAUUGCGGGACCUUCUCGUGGUUACGGCGAAGGUCGAGGUCACUACAAUAGGAGGGACAGGCUCCAACAUGGGGACAGAUCAAAUCCGUACGUAGACGACCCGUCCUAUGCGCCCGCCUAUCACGGUCGUGGUACCGCCAUGGAAAUGAGAGUCAAAUCGCACGCCUGACCCCUGCACUUCACAUAGUGAAUGUAGAAUUGUCCAAUUAUGUAAAGACUGUUUUGGAUGAUAUCCAAAAUUAAAAAAAAAAGGAAAAGGAAAAAAUUGGUAAAUAUAUACAUAUUUACCAAUCUUUAAAGGAGGAGACGGACAAUGCCAUUAUGUGAUUUAAAAUUGGUACACAAUAAUCUGAUUGUAAUCAGUUCAUAUCUGCCAUCCUGGAAGGAAUUAAUGGAUUAGUGUCAUCAAAAAUCUGCAGUUCUGGUUCAAAUUUCAGUGUCUUACAGCAAAGAAAAAAAUGAAUUUAUGAAUGUUAUCUUUCAAUACUGGUGCUAUGGUUUCAACAAACAUUAGUUUUUACAAAAUAUAUUUCUCUCAGAUUUGGAAAAAAUAUUCAAUAAUUUAGAUUUUUCAUAAAAUAGUGUACAGUGUAAGAAAGGAAAACAUAACUAUGCCAAGAAAGUUAAAUUAAACUUUAGCUUUCCUUCAUGUUAACGACAGAACCCAAUUAUAUAUGUAUAUAUAUAAUUUUGGCAAUGAAACAAAGUUCCUUUCAUUUUUCCUCAUAGAAUGUCAUUAAGAACAAACCUACUUUUACUUGUUAAAAAUGAAGAAUCUAUAUGAAAUUUUAAAUAGUUUUCUUCCUGUUUUUAGUUAGUUUUUACACAAAGUACCUAUUAUUUUUGAAGAAAACUAGUCAGUCCUUUACAUUUUAAUACUUGGCUUUCUCAAGGAAAGGCCAAAAAGUGGGAACUGAUUAACAUUCCAUCGGGUACUUUAACCAUCGGUGGCCAGUGUUUCGCAGUCUUUUCCGUACACGAAAUGAAACAAUGGUAUUAUUUUAUUCAGCUGUGAUUAUUUAGAUGGCCACUCUAGAAUUACACCUAGUCAAUUAUGGAUAUAUAGUGUAAAUCAUAAUAAAAAGAAAAGAAGAAAAUCUGGCCUGGCGGCCAAAUUUGUGAUAAUUUCAACCAAUGUGUACCAAUCCACCUCAAGUGACCUUCCAUGCAUUUUAUUCACUAUGUACAUUAUGUUUGAAAGGAUGGUUGAAUGAGCAUAAUUGUUAUAUCAUCUCUUAAUUAUUGCUUAAUUAUUGCAAAUGCUGUCUCAUCGAACCAUCAUUUUUUGAGUUUUUCUCUUUAUAUGGAAGCGAGUUAAAUUCGAGUCCUGUCCAUCGUUGUUAUCGUCUGAGUA